AUGCCCGGGUCCUCUGCCUGGACAUUGGGCGUCGUGCUCGUGAUCGCCGUCGCGCUCAUCUGGUCCGCCAGCACGGUGCUCGUGCAAGCGAUCUUCUCCACCCUCGAGUUUGAGCGGCCCGUUUUCCUCACCUACGUCGCCAACUCCUGCUUUGUGAUCCUGCUCCCAAUCAAGGCGCUCAGGAGCGCGGUCUACGAUCCUCCAGCGACUGGGCUGCUGGACCAGACCGCUGCUCUGACGCCCGCAGAGGAGUUGGACGAGGCCACUGGCCCCACAGAGAGAGGCGCAGCCGAGCGAGCGAGUCGCCGCUCGGCUUGGCUCGCGGCGGUACGCGGCGCGCUCGCCCUCUGCCCCGUCUGGUUUGCCGCCAACGUGACGUACAACGUGUCGCUCGCUCACACGACCGUCACGACCUCCACUGUGCUCGCCUCCUCGUCGGCCGCAUUCACCCUCCUCCUCUCGAUCGCCCUCCUCGGCGAGCAUGGCGGACUCCACGCGACCACUGGCGGGGCGCUGCUGUGCCUGUGCUCGGCGUUGCUCUACGCGUGCUACACUGUGCUGCUCCGCGCGCUCGCCCCGACGGACCUGCUCCUCUUCUUCGGGUUGGUCGGUGCCUUCAACGCGCUCGCCCUCGCCCCACUCGUCGCGGUGCUGCACGUGACGGGCGCCGAGGACCUCUCGCGCCUGGGCUUGGCGGGCGGCGGCGGCAUCCUCGGCUGCCUGCUCCUCAAGGGGCUCGCAGACAACGUGCUGAGCGACACGCUCUGGGCCAAGGCGGUCCUCCUCACCUCCCCCGCCGUCGCCACGGUCGGCCUCUCCCUCACCGUCCCCAUCGCCAUCGCCUCCGAGCUGGUGCUGCCCCGCGGCUGGCUCGUUGACCCCUCGCCGCCCACGCCUCUGCGCCUCGCCGGCGCCCUCCUCGUCGUGGCGGGCUUUGUCGGCAUCUCCCUCGCCCCCGACCCGCCGCCCUCGCGAACUCACGAGGCGGAGCCGUCGCACUGCGCUGCGGGGAACGCCGCCACGCCAUUGGAGACGGACACUGCACCGCCGAGCCCCGAGAGAAGUCGAACGUGA